UGAUCCACACUCAACUGUCAUUCAGCUGUUUUCGGCUCACGCAGCGAUUGCUACGCUGACGUUCGUAAACUGAACGUUUUGUGGUAGACUGUUUAUCAAACAACAUAAUUCCGUGGGUGAUUUCAUAAGUGGCCCGGGUUCAUAAGUACGCCAAGUAGGUGGAUUCUUGCAGCAGCUUGUAGCGGGAUAGUGGGCACAGGAAAUGCCACCGGCAUCGAUGCGGUGAGAAUGUUUCGCAAGGAUGACAUUUUUGCAACACCCCAAGAGCGCCAGCGAAAGAAGUUACGCUUUCAGGGUGACCUGGCGGCGCAAUUCAAUCGGGAUUCCGUCGCUUCCGGGCUAAAUGGAACGUCGGGCAAUAAUCGCAUUGAGGAAGUUUCAUCGGAUGACGAUACCAAACGGCUUCUAAAUGGAGAAACGGCACCGGAGCGACCAGAACGUGGUAGUCUGUACGAUUUCGUACGUAUCGAACUGACCAGAGGUUACGUGCUGGAACAUGACGAAGAGCGAUAUUCGGCACGGAGGGAAAAAAUAUACUCCUUCCUGAAGAUUCCGCGCGAGGUGGAAAGCUUCAUGCGGUACGGUGUUCUACAAUGUGCCGACUCGUUCCUGUACAUCUAUACCUUUCUACCGAUAAGAUACCUUCUAGCUCUCUGGGCACUAAUAACCAGACCAAUUGCACGGUGUCUCGGAUUUCGACGUCCGUCCCAAAGGUUGCUGGCACCGGCAGAAAUUUGUGAUCUACUGAAGGGCACCAUUUGGAUAAUCUGCAGCUACACGCUGCUGUAUAUCGACACAAACAUGCUGUACCACUUGAUCAAGAGUCAGUCGAUCAUAAAGCUGUACAUAUUUUACAAUAUGCUCGAAGUGAGCGAUCGCUUGCUGUCAGCGUUCGGGCAGGACACGAUCGAUUCCCUGUUCUGGACGGCAACGGAACCAAAGCACAGCAAACGACAGCACCUCGGUACGAUUCCGCACUUUCUCUUCGCGAUCGUGUACAUGAUGUUGCACAGCGUGUGUGUCAUGCUUCAGGCCACCUCACUGAACGUGGCCAUUAACUCAAACAACAAGGGUCUGUUGACCAUCAUGAUGUCGAACAACUUCGUUGAAUUAAAGGGCAGCGUGUUCAAGAAGUUCGACAAGAACAACCUCUUCCAGCUGAGCUGUAGCGAUGUGCGCGAGCGGUUCCACUUGUCCGUACUGAUGCUGAUAGUGCUGAUACAGACGAUGAAGGAGUUCAGCUGGAAGUCGGAGCAAUUUUUCCUGAUGAUUCCGGAUUGUAUGUAUGUAAUGUUUACCGAGUGUUUGGUGGAUUGGAUAAAGCACGCUUUCAUCACGCGCUUCAAUGAGCUACCGUGUGAAGUGUACCGGGAGUACACGACUAGUUUGGCUUACGAUAUGACGCAAACGCGACAGAAGCACGCGUUCAGCGAUCACUCCGAUCUUGUCGCCCGUCGCAUGGGUUUCAUACCAUACCCGCUCGGUGUUAUUCUGGUGAAAGCACUUUAUCACGCGCUAUCGUUCGAUAAUGCUGGUUCGAUUGUCAUCUUGUUCGUUGCGUUCCUGGUGUUGCUUAGUGCGCGCGUGCUGAACACAAUUUGUGCCCUCGGCAAGGCAUGCGAUCUUACGCAGAAGCAUCAGGAUGAGAAGAAUCAGAGUGGAUGCCAUCCGCUUACUUCCACACCUUUACCGAACAAUGCACGGGCAGGUGGUGGAGUUGGUGGUCGAGCGACAAGCGAUACCGCUACUUCUCCGAUCCAUCGUUCACAUGCAACACAGUCAGCAAAUGUGACCGCAUCUCCGUCCGGUAUGGUGAGCACGAUGCUUUCUCCAUCCUCCCCCCAAUCGACACCGAUGUCGGUAGGCAAAUCUACAAGCUCGCUGGCAAGUUCCGUCAGCAGUAGUUCAACUGACGUGCUGCGGAAAACAUCCGGCCUUGGCGCGACGGCACUGUUUUCGAACAGUGACGUUGACCUGGAUGAUGUUAAGCUGAACGAUCAGGUAUUGAAUGGUAGCAGCACCGGAAAUGUAGACUCUAGCGGUAGCCGUACCCAGAAAGAGGAGGAAGAAAAUGUUGCCCGCAGUGUGCCAGAUCUGCAACAGGAGCCAGGCCUGGAGAAAACAUCGGGUUGGCAUCAGAAUGAACCGGCUGGGGGUGAAGGAGCGGAAGGACCGUUACACCCUCAUCAUCACCACCAUCAUUACGUGCGCACACAUAAACGGUCCGAGUCGGAACCAUCGAUUCAGCUGGAGGGUGGUGGGUAAGGCUGUUGCAUAGCGUAGAAUGCGAAAAACGCCGAACGUGUUACGACCACGUGUUUGUUUGAUUUGUUUGUGCGCGGUCGUAGUAACUUAUUUCGAUAAAAUGCAGAAUUUUAACAUUUA